AUGGCAAAAUGCACCAAGAAGGUUGGAAUCCUGGGCAAAUACGGGACCCGUUAUGGUGCCUCCCUCAGGAAAAUGGUGAAGAAAAUUGAAAUCAGCCAGCACGCCAAGUAUACCUGCUCCUUCUGUGGCAAAACCAAAAUGAAGGGAAGAGCUGUGGGCAUUUGGCACUGUGGUUCCUGCAUGAAAACAGUAGCUGGUGGUGCCUGGACCUACAACACCACUUCUGCUGUCACAGUAAAGUCUGCCAUCAGAAGACUGAAGAAACUGAAGGACCAGUAGGAGCACCACCAUUUGAUAAUGUUGCUAGCCUAUA